UCGAAUCGGUUGAAAUCAUUUCCUUUGCCCUCAGCUCAGGGCAACGGAUGCAAGCAUCGUUGUGCCGUCUAUCUUGUUGUCGCAGAUUGUAGCUGAAUUGUAAUGAGUUGAUAUUAGGAGGGAAUUGGUGUAAAAAUUCAUUUGUUUGAUUUUUCCGUUUGUGAUAAACAUUGUGUUGAGUGAGAGACUGUGCUUUGCAGUGAGCGCAAAGCGUAGAAGCUAGUAUUGCUUUAGACCUCGAACUACUAGUCUCUUUAGGGCGGACAAAAGUAAAGUAGAAACGAUUACCGCAAAAUAGAAGUGAUUUCGGUCUCGGCCGCGGGAACACAAAAGAAGAAGGACUCGCCUAUAAUCCCCCUUUUGUUGGUCAUAAGCACAUGCCUUAUAUCUGUGGGCAUUUUACAUCACAUUAUUAACUUCUGCUGGCAAUGAUGACAGGAUAUUCAAUAUCCAAAGUACUAAAAUGGGGUAGUUGUAAAUGGGAAUACAUUUGAUUGCACUGCUUCUUCUGAUAGGAAGCGCAGGGCAGCAGCUACUCAGUUGUUUGUGACAUUGUAAUGCGCAAAAAGUGGCCAUAUUUAUUCAGUUCAGUUUUCUUUUUUUCUGCAAAUGUCAGUAGAGCAUGAAUUGAACAUCAUCUUUUUCCCUCUUUUACAGUGGACGUUCUUUUUGUUGGUUCAAUUAGAUCUCCUUUUUUUGCGCAGGUUGCUUGUUAUCACGUCUCGAAGUCAAGUAUCCUCUUUUUCAUUUAAUCGAAUAGAGCCAUCUCGGCAUCUGCAUGUUUGCCGCUAUCAAAACACAGUAUUUGUCAGUGCAAGAAGUGCAUAUCGCGGCGGCUAUUUCGCGCGAAGGAUACAUAUAUGCUCACAUAUACCGCCGUCGUGUAGCGUAAUGGAGAAAACAUCAAAUCAAACCAACAAAACACAAUAAAAUUAGCAAAUAUGUGUCGAUAAAUGUCUAUCACUUACGCAUUCUGGCUUGAACUGCGCUCCUCCCUGCUCAACUGGUAUUGUUUGUCAUUAGAGAGUGUGGGCGCCGCAUGGGAGUAGCGGAACAAAAGAUGAGAUUUUAGGAUAGAUAAAAAAGUGAAACAAUAAAUGGCUGAUAAUAUCAACUGUUGUACGUACCCCAAGUAGCAUGUAGGUUUGAGCAAGAUCGUAGAAAAACGUCUGGUACAGUAGACAUGAAUGGUAGACAUGUUCUGCGAAUGCGAGAAGAUCCGUAGUAUGCGAGACCGCCGCACGCCGAAACGAUGGAGGCGAUUUGUAUAGUAUUUUUUAAAAUCAAUAAUAGUGUAAGCGCAACGGAUAAAAGGAUAAUAAAAAUGUGAGCGAAUGAAGGAAGAAAGGCUUCGAUUCGAGUGCAUCAACUCGGUAACCUAAGGCAAAGCCGAUCGAUCGGAAGGAAAGACGAUUUUAAGGCGACGUCAACAAGAUUGGGAUUUGGCUUGCGCGGGCUACUGUGAGCAUAUUUAUUGGUUGACUGUGUGAGAUGAUAAUGAGGAGUAGUUCGUUGCUUUCCGAGCAGGGCUGCAAUACAGAUAGGUUUGCCACAGAGUAAAAAGGAACCGAUGAUCAUGUAUCCUAAAUGUAGUCGCAAAAGUAAGCACUCAAAUACACAUACACAUAUCUGCUAGCAUGAAAGAACGAAGCAUUGUGCGUAAGGAAAAUACAUCAUAAAAAAAAUGCAAACGAUUAAACGUUUGACGUGAAAUAAGGCUGUGGAAAAUUUCCGGAACAUACGAAACACACGCGACACACCGCGACAAUAGCACGUCAUCUUGCGAGAUCAUCAUCCCUGUCCCACAACCGAGUUGUUCCGCUGUUUCACAGAAAGCGAAGAGCCCAGAUUGUCUCCAGAAUCUAUUCUGACCAUUGCUCCAUUGCGCGCCAAUGACGGACGAAACCGAAUCAUUGAAGGGGGCUUUACCACUCGCAACCGUGCUCGUCUCUAUCACUCUAUGAACAGAAGACAUCUUUAAACAAAGGAAGCCCAAUACUGUCUGUACUAUGUAGGAUGUUCGCUGUAUCCUUGUUCAUUCUAGUGUUUGCCCUUACCCGAUCCAUACCAGGAGAAGCCUACAUACCGGGGCGAGCUGUUAGCGAGCGCUCCCUGCGCGGAGAAUGAGGUUCAAUAAAUCAUUACGGUCAAUUGUAGGGUUUUACAUGCUAAUCGAUAGCUAUAUUUGUUUUAGCUCCUACAGUUGGCAAAGGUGGUCUAUACGGUGACGACGGUAGCGUAUAUCAGAUCGACGAUUCGUGAGCCAAUUUCUGUCGUUUGUGUUCUUGACUGGCUUCCGAUUUCAUUACCGGGCAAGCGAUGUCCGGUGGGCCGAGUUACUACCGAACUAAAUACACUAACUUCACUCUACUAGCUAUUAGAAUGAUAUCCUUAUCGCCAUCGGCAGUAGUCAAAUAGCUCUCCCGGUAGUACAGAUUCUUUUUCGCCAUUCACCAUCGUCCGCAAAGAGUCGCAAUGAAAAAGAAGAUCGGCGAAGCAGUACGUAGCACAAUAUUAGCGAAUGCUUUUUGAACGUCGUUUCUGCAGAACCCCGGGUUCGCUAGUUUUGGCUUUCUCUCUGAAGUUCGUUCGGAUACGGCUAGAACAGCUAAAGCGGUACCAUUUCAUGCUCCAGGUCUCGCAUAAAUAGUCAUAUUUUAUUAUACAAAUACCUUCCUCAUCUCGCCAUCGCAACGCAACGCAUCACCAAUAACGUUAUCACAACCCUUACACCCAAAUCUAAGCAUACACAGCAAAUGCAUUUCUCGGUAGUAUGGCUCUCAAAGCGCAUAGCAUGGUGCCCCCGGGGACACACACGUGUUGCUAGGUAACGAGUGCAUGCGAGUGGGAGAAAAGCGCAGCUAACUAUAGUCACGCAUCAUGCUACAGAAUAUCUGCAUCAUACUCAUACAUCGGAACGGAAAAACAAUAAACGCAAUAAAUGUCAUAAACUGUAA